AUGUCGAUAAAGGCAAUACACAUCGAAGUCGUAAGCGACUUAUCAUCCGGAGGCUUUUUAGCGGCGUUGCGUAGAUUUACUGCGAGACGGGGUUUACCGGAACAUAUUUAUUCAGACAACGGAUCCAAUUUUGUAGGAGCUAAUAACCAGUUGAAGGAAAUAUAUGUUCUGCUUAAUUCAGAGGAUCACAAAGAACGGAUUAACAAAUAUUCAAGCGAGCAUAGAAUUACGUGGCAUUUUAUACCACCUUUAGCCCCCCAUUUCGGCGGACUAUGGGAGUCUUCGGUAAAGCUAUUCAAACACCAUCUUAAACGAGUUAUUGGAGACUCUUUAUUUACAUUUGAAGAAUUGAACACGUUUACUACCGAAGUCGAGGGUAUCUUAAAUUCUAGGCCAAUUACUGCUAUUUCAUCUGACCCUAACGACAUGUUAGUAUUGUCUCCUGCACAUUUUUUGAUCGGCAAACCAAUAACAACACUACCAGAGGUAGAUAUGUCAUCUGUUCCAGACAACCGGCUGUCUAAUUGGCAGCAUAUAUCAAAGGUACGACAAGACUUCUGGAAACGCUGGAAUCUUGAGUACCUGAACGAGCUACAAGUACGAAAUAAAUGGACUAAAGACGGACCGAAAUUAACUAAUGGUACCGUCGUGCUCGUAAAGGAAAAAAAUUCACCAUGCACGCAGUGGACGCUGGGCAGAAUUGAGAAAGUAAUUCCAGAUGAAGACGGAGUAAUUCGAACCGCUAUCAUCAAGACUGCAUUCGGCGAAAUAAAAAGAGCUGCGAAGUCUCUAUGUCCAUUGCCAGUAGAGCAAUGA